AUGGCUUCGACAAAUCUCUUUGUGGACGCGGAUUAUGACACGGAUGGCAGAUCGCUAAGUCGUCAGAAAGAUGCUCAAAGCAGGAACAGCAGUAGAAAUACUUUAAUCGUUGCAAGACGAAAUGGAAGUGCACAAAAUGGUGGCAUGUUAGAAGGAAAGGAGUCUGAUCCUAAAGUGAAUGACCGUUAUGAUCCGACUGAUGAUGGGAAACACUCGGUAUGUCUUGAUCAGAGCCACCUUAACGUUUAUCUGAAUUAAAACCAAACGUGAAUUUAAAUGUAAAAACUCAAUACCUCAAAAAGUCUGGUGAAUAGAUAUCUUGAAAAUGUGCUCUAUCGAAUCGUAGCGGGUAAUUUAAAAAUUCAGACGAGUUGGUUUUUGGUUAGGAACAGUUCCAGUCGUUGAGGUAGUCAUUUGAAAUCUUCCCCAGAGCUAAGGAAAUUCCAUUUGAGAGACUCUAGAUUUCAAAAUUGUCCCACGCGAGCAGGCCCCCUUACGACUUCAAUAAUGUCUGUUUAGGUCAACUAAUGUUCAUUUGUUUUGUAUAAUUUUUCGACAAUGCCGUUCAAAACUGUUGUAGGUCAAAAUUGGAAAAAAUGUCCAUCUCGGCGGUCAGGUCACUUGACUCCACCUAGCGCAAGGGGAGACCUAACCUAGCUUGGCUGUGACUCGAUUCUCAUAUGAACACAAUUCUCAUAUGAAUUUUAUAUGCAUUAACAAAGGUCAUGUGGAACCCACUCAAGUGAGUUUCCCUUCAGCUGGGCUCAUAGAAGCCAGACCCUAUAAUUACACGGAGAGGACCGAAGACCUCCGUAUCAGGGGUCAUCGUAAAAAAAUUAGAAUUGCUCAUUUCAACAAGAACAGACUGUGAGAUAGUGAAGACAGGCUGUGUGGCAGUAGGGAGAGACGAGGUCAUGGCGUAUUGCAUACCUGAAUAACUAGGAGGAGGCUGGGCCAUCUUCCCCCGGAAAAUUUUGAAUUUAGAAGUCCGAUCCAGAAUGGCCAUUUCCUGCAUUUUCAGAGUGACAUUUGAUUUUGUUUUUGCCUUAAAUAUAUGUAUGGGCGUGUAAUUUGUAUAAUUUUCACGUAAAUUUCGAAAACUCAAUUUUAGGACUGCCUAUUUUAAGUUUUAUAACUAUACCCAUUUUACAGUUAGAACUAUACCCAUUUUGGAAAAAGGGAGGCCUUAGGAUGACCCUUGCAGUCCGUAUUAUAACAGCUACCACGAUAAUGUAGCCUGCGAUCAUGUGACUUUUAAUUCUCUACUGACCUCACUCCCAAUGAGCGAUCUUGUAUGUAGUUAUGUGUAUUUUGCUCUCUGGGUCCGAGAUUUACGCCGCCGUAUUCUAAAAGCUCACUCACACUCAAUGAGUGGAGGUUCAAUCUGAGCUUCUCUUGAGUGUCAAUGCUGUUUUUCAAUAGCUGGAGGGUGAGUAGUCACAGAGUAAGGUAUGACACUAGCCCUCCAGCUAUUCAAAAACAGCAAUGACACUCAAGAGAAGCUCAGAUUGAACCUCCACUCAUUGAGUGUGAGUGAGCUUUUAGAAUACAUCCGAAAGAGUGAAGCUGAAUAAGCUGUAUGUCAAUUUUGGAACAAGCCAAGACAGCUUUUUCUUUCUCAUAUCAUUCAAUUUACCUUUACAGCCAGUUGAAAGUGACAGAGACGAUCCAGCAGACGAAAUUGAUUCUGAUCGCGAAGCCGAGGUAAAUCGUUGACAUGCAUAAUCUUCUAAAAAAUAGAAGUUAACUUUCGUUAAGAAAUUCACGGCCGGUAAAAUUCAAACGAGAAUGAGAGUUGACAGUUUGCAUGCGAGUUUUCUCAACUCUCAUGCCCCAGUCAAACAAGAACAAGAGUUGCAUGAGAGUUGAUGAGAGUUGAGAAAACUCUCAUCAAAAUUUGAGCCAGUUCAAAGUUGAUGAGAGUUGAUGCGAGAUGGUGGUCAAAUGGAAGCGAGGCUUGACUUUAUCAAUACCAGUUUGGUUCAUGGCGUAAGAUUUGUUUAUAGAAAAUAUUCACCAUAACGAAGAAUUACUGCGAAAUCACAUUAAUGUGUCUUUGACUCUGCAUGUUACGGGUAUUUUUGUCACAGGAAGAUGAAAGCUAUGCAUACAGUAUGGAUUACGCAGAAUUUGAAAGUGAUACAGAAACGCCGAGGACCGAGAAUAAAGGGUAAGGAAUGGCCAGAAUAAAGGGUAAGGAACGACUUUGGAAAGCCUUGGUCGUAAAAUCUUGGUUCGUUCGUUACGCGCGUGUCCACAUGUUGAGCCACAAAUCUCCAAUUUCCGUCUUUCCAAAAUCACGUGUUUCGCUUUGAGAAGUCUUCUUUAAAAUUCCUCAGCCACACUCCUUUUCUCUUGGCGCCCAAAGAAAUCCACUCCGUCGUGAUUUUGGCCUCAUUCAAUCCUUGCGCUUUGGUAGUUUAUUGUUUAUUGAUUUUCUCACUCAUUGAUUUCCUAAAAGGCUAUAUAUAUAUAUAUAUAUAUAUAUAUAUAUAUAUAUAUAUAUAUAUAUAUAUCUUGUUUGUCGAUGCUGACACGUAUCUGAAGAGUGCUCAAUGCAGGUAAGAUUUUGCAGAGCAAAACUAUUAUUAGUGUAGACUAAGACAUGAUAUCUGAAGAUAAUUUAAUAAAACCUAAACUUUUAUCGUAAAUAGGUUUAGGUUUUAUUAAAUUAUCUUCAGAUAUCAUGUCUUAGUCUACAAUAUAUAUAUAUAUAUAUAUAUAUAUAUAUAUAUAUAUAUAUAUAUAUAUAUAUAUAUAUAUAUAUAUAUAUAUAUAUAUUGCCAAAUUGAUAGGAGAUCCGAGGUAUAGCUAUAAUUUAACGUUCUUAUCCGAGAAGACGCGAAAGUCUAACCAUCAGGCCAUUUUUUAACUAUAUAACAACUGGGGCAUUUACCCCAGUAGGCCCUUUGCUUGCCCCAGUAGUGAAUCAUGAUUUUCAGAUGAACUGGGCCCUUUUGAUCAUUAGUACAAGGUUAAGCUUGUUGAUAAAGCUGUAUCUGCCUGCAUUCUGAUAGCCUCUCACAUUCUCGGCAUUCCCUCUUAUAAAAGUCGGCACAGGCAGGGGCGGCGCUAAAAGGGAGUUGUGGGUGUGGAACACCCCCAAUCGUCAGGUAGUCGGCAAAUUAUCUAAUCCCAGUUGGAUGAAAAGAAAUACUAAUUAGCGUUUGAAAUUAGUAGGCAAUAUUUCACUUACACCCACCCACACACCCACCCACCCGCCUAUUCAAAUAGCGCCAGCGCUGCCCCUGAGCACAGAGUGAUUUUUGUGUACCCGUACAAACUGUGGGGAAAAGGCCCUCAUUGAGCCCCAGUAGUUGUAAUUUCUUAAAAAGUGCCCUGCUAACCAUUUACUGAUGUCAAUGUGAAGGUAUCUCCUUCUCUUCAAUUAUUUUAAGACCUUUAGUAGAGGUCCGAUCAUAUCAAUGACUGCAUGAAUCCGGGUUUCCAAGCUUGAAAGGCGAGCGUGGUGAUCACAACACCACCAGUGCUGUUUUUUGGAGCUGGUAAUCAACUCUUUCAAAUAUAAAUAAGAAGUCGACAAUUACAAAAUUAAAGAGAUCGUAUUUUUUACCAUCCAGUUCAAAAGGCGUCAAACUACGAGUGAAGGAGCCAUCAAGAAGAUUGCCAUCAAGCAGGUGGAGAACACUCAAUGUGUUUGAUGAUGAUGAUGAUGAAAAUAAGCAGAAGUAAGUGGAUUAGGAAAAUUAGUACAUGCACCUUUUACCUUUGCGACUGGGAAUUUGAUUCCUACAUUGUGGAAUUUUUGCCUCAGUUGCGAUUUACUGUAGAACGUUUUAUUCUAUCCAGAAUAAAUACAGUUUAGUUUGGCUUAGAUUAGCAACAUAGUUCAGGAUAGCAUAGGAUAGCAUAACAUAGCAUAGCAUAGCAUAGCAUAGCAUAGCAUAGCAUAGCAUAGCAUAGCAUUUGUACCCGUACCACUUUUUUGGUUCUUGGACUACCUAUUUAGCUAAGCCCCGUUUACACUACGCUCAAUUUUUGGUACCGUACCACUUUUUGGUUCUUGGACUACCUAAAUAGGUAGUCCAAGAACCAAAAAAGUGGUACGGGUACCAAUUUUAUCCAUGCCGUACCAAAAAUUGAGCGUAGUGUAAACGGGGCUUUCAGCUUAAUUUAACAUAAAUUUCUGGAGAUUUAAACAAAAACUUACGCACUCCUUUGCUCUUUUUUACUGUUUUAGAGCCAAGAAUUCAAAGAAAAAAUCUGGGUAAUUUAGUCUUCAACCAGUCACAAUUAUUAAUGACGAUCAUUAAAAAUCUGAUGAAGCAGUUAGAGCAAAUGAUGUACUUAUAUUGUAUUCUUAGCAGUGGCAAAAGCAGGAAGAAGUCCAGCAAUUCAAAAGAUAAUGCAGUCAGACCUCAAUACAUGGAAUCCUCGACAGAGAGCGAAGAUGAAGACGAUAGAAAAAUUGAUAGCAGUUCGGUAAAUAUAGAGUUUUAUUCGACAUUUAUUUAACAUAUUAAAACAGUGUGCGUGGUUGCAUGCCCGGAAUAAAAUUAACUUGCCAUAUGGUUUGGUUUACCUUCGUAUAUUAGCAAAAUUUGAAGCAAAUGAUUGCAAUAAGGAUUGAUUAAUGAAUAUUCUAAUCUUAAUAUUUCCUUAGCAAAGUUAUUUGAAGACUUAAUCAUGAAGUGUUGAUUUCAGCUGAUUUACUAAAAAGCGCUAGCACUAACAAAAUUGCUUUCAUUAAAGUAGUUUUUUUUCGUUUUUAGAUGCCUGUUGGGGAACUCACGUCCGAAUAUUGGCAAAUUCAAAAAUUAAUUAAGUUUGUCAAGGUACAAUUGAGUCUAUGCAAUAACUUAAUAUAUUUAUACUGGACAGUUAUAUCAGUUCUACAGUAGUAAACUGUUCUCCUCGAGGUACAGAAAAGCGUUAAUGUGUAGUGAGGCAGCGCACUAUUCUCGACACUGAUGUUUCAUCAGAGUUACAGUAUGUGUUGUUGCGAUCUCGAUUUUGCGAUGGAUUUCUGCCUGGAUGUCUUGCGUUACAGCUUGCGCUAAUUCCAAUUAGCGAACGUAACAAAUGGAUGUCCACUCCAAUUAGCAAAUUGCAAUUAGCAAACGUAAUAAACGGGAAUUGUUAAGCUCGUGUUACCUGAGUAUCAAUCUGAUCUCUCUGGACUCAAUUGUAUUCUUUCAAAAGCAAUACAUGGAAAAUGUAUUUGUUUCUUUUUGAAAGAUUCGUAUAAUCAAGGCUACGAGCGUUUAGAUGCUCAUUUCAAUGAAAAGCAGUGAUCUUUCAAGAGCGUCUUUAAUAAUACGAAAUAGCCAAUGGGUGCUCAGUCAUUUUCGCGAUCUAUCUAUUGGAAGGGGCAAGAUCGAGGCUGCACUUUCCUUGCGAUAGUAACUGCUACUUAACAAGGUAAUCUGAAAGGGCUCUUUUCGCAUAAGACUGAUGGUAUCACGUUCAUUUCUAGAUUGGAAAUCAAACAGCGACUCUCAUUGCUUUAUGUGCCCUGAAUGACUUCGACAUGCGGUCUGAAAUAUGUCAGAUGGCUGUACGUGAUGUAAAUGGACUCGUGGUGCUCACCAAUAUGUUAAGAACGGAUCAUGAUAAAUGCAAGGUAAGGCUUCGUUAUGGUUGCCAUUUUAUGUUAAGCGGGUCUUUGAAGUUUUUGCUUGAAAGCUUUGCCAUAGGAUAUCAUUUUUCCACACUACCGUUCCAAAAUUACCGAUUACCAGUUGAUUUCUUACCGAUUAAAGUUGCGUUUAAGGUUUCGAUAUGGUAAUUCACACUCUUUUUUAGAUCGCCACGAUGAAAUUGCUCAAUCCGCUCACGGACAAAAGCAAAUAUAACAGAAGAGAACUGGUCAGAUUUGGAGGUA